UUGGCCGCGUUCGCUAAUUAUAUGUCCGCUGUCCGUAUUGACCGGAAUUCGAUCUUAAGAACAGUAGCUUCUUGCGAGUAUGGUCCGAAGGCGCUGACAGAUCAAGGAGCGAGGCCGAAGCAAUCGAUAACUGGAAGCACAGGGACGCCGAGCACAUGGGUCUGUGUUUCGCAAGAAGCUAUUCCGCUAGAAUUGUUCGUAGGAGGGAAUCACGGCCCGUCCUGAUGCCGGACAUAUUAUUAACGAAGGAGGCUGACCUAGGACAAAAAAAAAGAGAAAGAAAAAGGAAGAAAAGCACAAAGCACUUACGAACGAAACGAUUUAUGGAUUCGGCCCCAGUACCGCGGAAAUGGCCCAAUAAGGAAAAGUUCGAGUGAGAGCUUAAUCAAACAGAAAAAUUGUUUGAUUAUUUAUUACUGAUACUACUAAUUCAUUCUAUUUUGCAGUGUUCCUGUUUUAUCAUCGUCGCUACGCCACGGCAAUAUUUGUUUAAUGCUGUUGCUUGGAAUCUAAUUUUAAUUCGAGAGCUCGAUAAUCGACUUCGUUGAGCGUUCGGUUGCAGUUGAAUAUGCUGUUAUUACUGCGACUGCUGGAGCCUGCCGACCAUUAAAAAACAAACCUUUUUAUAAUAUCCACCAGCCGCUUCGAGCGCUAUUUGUGGGUAAAUCGGGAACUGUGAUCGUCCUUAAAAGCUUGCUAGUUUAACAAAUUGCUCAGCCGAAGGGACUUUCAAAUUUCGAUCGGUACGCAUAUUGAAGGAGACAAAAGACGAAUUUUACUGGUGCACAGCGGUAAGAAGCUCGCAAGUUCGUCUGUCUAUUCGUCUACCUGCCUCUGAUCCUCUAAAUUUGUCCAUUUUAUUUCCUUGCGAUACAAGCAUCCAGCUUCUGUGGCGUCUGCGCAUAAUUCUAUGCGCCUCGUUUGAUUCCGAGCCGGUAACGCAAAUCACGAAUCGAGCAAUCGGCCGGGCCUGUAUAACAGCGUUAGUUUUGAGUGAAUGUGCAACUUCAUUUCGGCGAAACGCCUUUUGCAGAUCCCUGGAAGUUCGUUCACGCGUACCGCGUUCUGUCAUCGGCAAAGCGUGACGUCACACGUGACCACGUGACUGUCGAUUACGUCACAGGUGGUGUGCGCGGGACCAUGCGGAGACGCCAGCCGGCGGGUCCGGUAGCGCUCGCCCUUCUCGUGCUCCUGCUCCUCGCGAUGACGUCACGGACCGCGCAGGCCCGCACUGGAGCGCCACCAAGACCCUCAAGGCCCUCCAGGGGUCGCCAGAGUCAUCAGAUGGCCCAGCUACAGCAGCGCCAGGGCGAUCGUCAGGGUCAGGACGUCAAGCCGCCGCUACUGCUGCGCCCUCUGCCCUCGGAUGACCUUCCGGUCAUCGACCUGGUCGAGCCUGUGGGGCACCUGUACGACCCUGGACCCGAAGAUCUGGACCCAGCCAACCUUCAGAGGAUCCUGGCGGGGCACUUCGACCCAAAGUUCAUGGCCGUACAGAGGCCGAAGGAAAGCUACCUCCAUCCCAAUGGAAGCCUCAAGCCGGGCUUCCGGCUCAGGAAGGGUCGCCUGGUGCCCGCCAGGCCGAUGCCCCGAGAGCUGCAGAAGAUCCGGCUCAAGAACAUCGAGCUCCCCGGCGGGCUCCGGGUCCGGUUGGACAUGGGCCGGAGGCUGAGGCGCAAGAUGCGCCAGCUACUCUGGACUUACACCUACUGCCCGCUGGUGUACCGGUGGAAGGACCUGGGCCUGCGCUUCUGGCCCCGAUGGAUACGCGAGGGCCGCUGCUACAAGAGCCGGCGGUCGUGCUCGUUCCCGCCGGGAAUGUCCUGCCGAGAGAAGAGCUCGGCGGACAAGACGGUGCUCCGCUGGCACUGCCGGGACUGGACGCAGAGGCGCCAGUGCCGGUGGAUACUGGCCACCAUCUCUGUGCUCGUCGAGUGCUCCUGCUCGUGCUGAGAGCCGAAGCGCUGGCGUGCCUCCUCGGGUCACGUGAACGUUUGAGACGGUGCGAAAGUUCCGUGCUAAGUACCGUUGCUGGAAACCCUGCUACGAACUUUUGUUUUCUCUGUCUAGCAGGGUUCUGACGGAAAUGUUGUCAGGAAGCGAGGCGGCAGAGUGAUUCGGUGUGCGUGUGCAGACUUCGAAAGUGCCCGUGAACAUCUGCAAACGACGUGACUCAGGUGUCCAGAACAAUUGAAAACCACGUGAUCUUGCGCACUCCGGAGGUGCUCGCUGCUCGAGGUGGUGAACUAGAAAACACCUGAUCCAGGUGCAUCCGACACAUGAAAGUCGCGUGAUCUCGCGUGCUUCGAAGGCGUCCGCUGCUCGAGGUGGUGAACAUGUGGGAACCACGAGACUGAGAUGUACAUAACACCUGAGAACCACGAGAUCUAGCGUUGCACGCAAAGCACACGUGAGCUUACCUCAACACUAGUGUCGGUUAACCACGGAUGGCAAGCGCAUGGCCAUGCACUUAAGCUCCGAGUAAACGAGAGACCAAGAGCGAUGCGUGCGUGUGAAUCCUCAAAUGUGCCCGCUGCUCGAGGUGGUGAACGUAUGAGAACUACAUGAUAUGUCGUCGCACCGAAAGGACACGUGAACUUACCUUAACACUAUUGCCGGUCAACCGCAGAUGUGUAAUGCAGGACCUUGUGAUUUCCUUAAGUGCCAAGACAACAAUGGUAAACUCUGAAAGUUUUCGCAUGUGAGAGCGGUUCGGUUGGACUUUGAGUGGACAGAGCCGAAGCAUCCUCGACAGAAUGAUGUCGCAUAGCAGCCAAGGGGUCUUCAGCACUCUUCGACGCUUGAGAAAACAGGACCGUGUGCGUCGACUCGGGCAUACCUUUUACAACAGCAGAGAUAUUUGCGUUCCAUUUACACGACGUGCCCACGUUGUCGGAAAUGUCGCGACUUGGUUGUACUUUGUGUACGAUCGUAUAUGUGUCGCUCAAGGUGGUGUCGUGACCAGCUGUAUCACCCGGAAGCGUACCGCAACAACCUGAUUCUCAUGGUGAGCAAAAUGAGAUCCGACGUGUUCCCUCAGAGUGGUCUCCCAACAUUAGUCGACGUUAGGCAAUGGUCUCUCCCCGGACAUCGUGAAGUGCGUUGAACACCCCGCGUACAUCAUCACUUGCGCCUUGGAAGGCUGCAACUAUGAAGGAAUAACUUGAGCAAGGCUGACGACCCACCCAUGUAUUUUUUUGUCUCGCUUUGUGACUGUGACUUGUAGCCCACUGCUUGCAUGGAAGUUUCAGUCCCUAACUGAAGGGCAUAAGUGCUGUCCGACUUGAACACUACAACCCUACUGGCGCGCCGUUUUUGGACCUGAUGUGAUGACCUAAUGUUGACCUGAUGUGUGUAUAACAAGUGGCCUGUGACAUUGCUUGAGGCGGUUUGAGAAUCGUGUCAUCCUUAUAAACCUGGGUCAAUGGUCGGAUAACGACACCUCUGCAAAUUUUGUCGGAAGUAGUUUUAUAAGAGUGUUCCGUUACAAAAACGAUCUGUGCCUCUGACGGCACUGGGCGCUUCUUCCUUGUCGUCCUCUCUCAAAUGUCGAAAGGCCCUGAGGGAUACAUUAAUAAUCCAGGUUACAGCCUGCUGUGUCAAGCGGUUAUAGUACUUAGGCGUGUCGUACGUAGGUGGAGACACGUAUACGCUACUGUACGCGAUUGCUAGAAGCUGGUCUUGUGGCAAGCUCGCAUAACGCAGCGCACCGGCUGGCUUCUUUCACGUUGCUUAACUCGAAGCACCGUGGCCCUGAUCUCUCGACGUGCUCGUCAAUAAGGAUACGUGUCAGCGUGUCGUUCUGUGCGCGCAACCGAAGACCUUCGUGUUUACCUUUUGAAAUCAGUGCACAGCUUACUGACACACAUAUAGCCAGUGUCCUUCAUAUAGGUACCAUGGCACUGGUGUUGAAGAGAGUGGGCUUGAAAGAACAUGUGUACUGGUGGUGAGAACACGUGGUUUGCGAGGUGAAUUGCACAACUGCUCUUCAGAAAAACAACUAGACAAAUGCAACGCAAUCGAGUUAUCGGAAAUUCGGGCUUAGGGACCUCGAAUAAAUGUAGGGAAAGCAUUAAUCAGUUCUGGCUGCUCAGCAUGCUGCCUCUGAAGACGCUGGCAUCCGGACUCUGUGCGAAAGUUCGAGCGUAUAGGAGACGAUUGUAGGGCGCAUUGUGGUUCAGUAUUGAGGCAAGAUAUUAGGCAUAGGAAACAAAUCCAGGUCGCUGAGACAUUGCAGUGCUUCAAGAAGCCGUGUCGCCUUCAUAUUUCAACCCUCACGCGAAUUACGGCUUAAAAUGUGAGCACGAGACAAUGCCUUGCUUGAGGACCCACGCAGUCGAUCGCGUCAGUUUUUGCCCAAGCCUGCGGGCGGCUGCUAUAAAAUGCCUUGCCGUACGCUGCUGCUUCGAACGAAGACAUACACACUUUGCGAUAUUUUGCCCUUGCUGGCCAGUUUCAGCGGAUACGCGUAUGAAGUCGCAGAUCCGAGAGGUUAGAGUCGCACAGCAGUUUCGGUAUGCAGGAACAAACAGUGCGAUAUCCCGCUCCUGUUGGUGAACCUCCCUCUCCAGUUCAUAAACUUAAGUAAUUUUAGGUAUGAACCUUAAGUCUUUACCCGACGAGAGCACCAUCUCGAAGGUAGCUGCUGCCUCGCUAUUUGCUGAUUACUGAAACGUGCUAAUUCUCAAAGGCUUGUAGCCCUUCAUUUCAUGAACAGCGAGCCUUUAAUCUUGGCCUUAACUAUAUUACUGACGAGCCCCUAUCACCUCGUCAGAAGCUGCUCAUCACGGCAGCAUACCAUACUUUAAUCUACCACGCAUGUUUUUUGUUGUUUUUGUGAACAGAUGAAGUGCUUAAAACAAACUGACUGAGUCACACACAACUCGCACGUGUUCAGUCCUAUCACAAAGUAAGUGCGAAUAAAAGCAUGCGCUUGUUACCAUAAGGCAGCAUCUUGCCGUGGGUCGUACGUUUUUGUUCUCAGGUUUCCUAUGAGAUUUAGAUAUAUAUAUAUAUAUAUAUAUAUAUAUAUAUAUACAUAGACAGUGUUCAACAACCCGUUAGUCUUGCCACAGCUACGCAAGCGAACUGCUCACGAUGUUCUGCGCCGCAACCUCUCUCCUUGAAUGUCGUUCAGUAUGCAAGGAACUGCGCAUAAAGUUUCAGACCACGAGAUUAGCUUCUUCGGACGUGCUACCAUGCAAUGACCUCAGUGCAAUUUCUCACUACCUCUACUUAAAGGUCGUAUCUUCACGUAUAUUACGGGGCGUGCGAGGAAUAAGUCCCCCAGUUAUCGUGGCUAUAUUCAUUCUCGACCUGUUUCCCUAGUUCCUUGUCAACCUCACGUGUGCCAUCCUUGAACCUGGCAGGUUACCCUGCUUAUAGCGAUGCCAUAUAUUACACAUUGUUCUCCAUGUUAUUUAUGAGCGUAAAUGCUAGUUCAUAACCUAACUGCGCUGUGGCGGUUGGAAUUUCCCUGUCUUGGCAAUCGAGGGCACGGUGGAAGCCGAAAAUCGCACGGGCCAAGGGUCACGUGAGUGUGGUAGGUUUGCGCUGCCCGCCCUGCCGACUGUUGUGCCAUUUGUGCUGUGACAAUUGUUUGUGCGUGCGUGCGAAAGAAAAGCGUUUCAAGUGUGCAUCAUUGUUGAUUUUAGUGGCACCAAAUAAAGUCUUCAAGAAGUAAGCAA